GCAGUGGCGUUUAGGAGACUCGGCCCACAACUCCCGGGGCGGGGGCGGGGACUUUUUUUUCUCCUUGUAGUCUAGCCGGGUCUGGAUCCUUCCCGGCCUGUUGCAGGCCUUUUCUCCGUCUUCCAAAGAGGCUCUGAAUUUGACCCCUUCUCUUCAUAUCCGGAUCCGGGCUCCUCCCCCAGGACCGCCCAUCCGGCUUUCUCUCGAAAUAUUUGGGAUCUGACCCUUUCUAAUUCUGGCCCCUAAUAACUCACUAAGACCCUAAAACCAUGGGCUGACGCCUAGCCUUUUGCCAGCGAUCCCGGCCACCUGCCCCUACGCCUGGCUUCUCCAGUGAACCCUCCCCUUGACCUGUAUCUGCACGUCCCCAGCCUGGGAAAAGAUGGCCCCACAGCCCCUAAGGGGCCUGGUCCCAUCUCUGCUCUGUGGCCUGAGCCUGUUUCUGAGUCUCCCGGGACCUGUCUGGCUCCAGCCCUCUCCUCCUCCCCUUUCUUCUCCCCGAGCUGAGCCCCAUCCAUGUCAUACCUGCCGAGCACUGGUGGACAGCUUCAACAAGGGUCUGGAGAGAACCAUCCGGGACAACUUUGGUGGUGGAAACACUGCCUGGGAGGAAGAGAAGUUGUCCAAAUACAAAGACAGUGAGACCCGCCUGGUGGAGGUCCUGGAGGACGUGUGCAGUAAGUCAGACUUCGAGUGCCAUCGUCUGCUGGAGCUGAGUGAGGAGCUGGUGGAAGCCUGGUGGUUUCACAAGCAGCAAGAAGCUCCAGACCUCUUCCAGUGGCUCUGUUCCGACUCCCUGAAGCUGUGCUGCCCCUCUGGCACCUUUGGGCCCUCCUGCUUGCCAUGUCCUGGGGGCACAGAGAGGCCCUGCGGUGGCUACGGGCAGUGUGAAGGGGAAGGGACUCGAGGGGGCAGCGGGCGCUGUGACUGCCAAGUCGGCUAUGGGGGCGAGGCCUGCGGCCAGUGUGGCCUUGGCUACUUUGAGGCGGAGCGUAACAGCAGCCACCUGGUAUGUUCGGCGUGUUUUGGUCCCUGUGCCCGCUGCACGGGACCGGAGGAAUCCCACUGUCUGCAGUGCAAGAAAGGCUGGGCCCUGCACCAUCUCAAGUGUGUAGACAUCGAUGAGUGUGGUACGGAGCAAGCCACCUGUGGAGCCGACCAGUUCUGUGUCAACACCGAAGGCUCCUAUGAGUGCCGAGAUUGUGCAAAAGCCUGCCUGGGCUGCAUGGGAGCAGGGCCAGGCCGCUGCAAAAAAUGCAGCCGUGGCUACCAGCAGGUGGGCUCCAAGUGCCUAGAUGUGGAUGAGUGUGAGACAGUGGUGUGUCCAGGAGAGAAUGAGCAAUGUGAGAACACGGAGGGUAGCUACCGCUGUGUCUGUGCUGAGGGCUACAGAAAGGAGGAGGGUGUCUGCAUGAAGGAACAGAUCCCAGAGCCGGCGGGCUUCUUCGCGGAGAUGACGGAAGAUGAGAUGGUGGUCCUGCAGCAGAUGUUCUUUGGUGUUAUCAUCUGUGCCCUGGCCACACUGGCUGCUAAGGGGGACUUGGUGUUCACUGCCAUCUUUAUUGGUGCCGUGGCAGCCAUGACCGGGUACUGGUUGUCAGAGCGAAGCGACCGUGUGCUGGAGGGCUUCAUCAAGGGUAGAUAAUCCCUGCCACCACUUACGGGAUUUCCUCCCACCCAGGAUGCCCCCAGAGGUCCUAUCCCUCUCCUGCUGGACACCUGGGGCAGUGGGGUUUCUCUUUGAGACUGGGGUAAAUACCCUUUUACCUGCCUUACUGAGCAGCCCAGGACCCCAUUAGCCCUGGGGGUUAAAAAGAAGCCCUGAAGCUGAUGCCAUGAGAACCUUGCCUAGGGGCCUGGCAGGCAUUACAGUGCGUGACGUUCAAAGACAGUUUCUUCUUAGGGAGGUUGCGGGCUUUGGCCCCCGCCCAGGACAAGAGGUGUCCCCUCAGGGGUGGGGCCACCAUAGCCUCCGCCAGGUGCAUGCUGACAGCUCCUGUGUGUAUUCACCUCCUACACCCCAGCCACUGACUUAUUUAUUCAUCUCAGGAAAUAAAGGAAGGUCUUGAAAACUG